UACAUAUUCAAUCACGCCGAGAAGCAGCUGGUGAAGAGAUUUUGACACUGAGAUACAACCAAGGAAGCUCGCAAAGUUACUCACUGAGCUGAGCCAGACCUCCACCUUUGACCAAGAAGUUGUUGCAGAGUUACUCACGCCGAGAAGCAGCUGGUGAAGAGCUUUUUCUUGUGAUAUUCUAGCUGUUGAAAGUUUUCAAGGAUCGGUCUAUUUAUGAUAUGUGUUUUAGAAUGUCCUUUUCUAUGAAGUUGGUGGUGCCAAUUGAAGAUCUGAUGAAGAGACAUUCCCAAGACUGCGUUCACAACUGCCGGACUGUGCAAGUUACUGGCAUGUUCCUUGGUUUAAUAAAUGCUUAUCCAUACUAAAUGAACUUGAUGAAGAAGUGUAAGGAAUACAUCUGGGUAUAGAAUGUUUCCGGAGGAUGGAGCGUGUUUGAACAAGCUGAACCAACAUUUGAACACAUUGCCUGGGCGAUUGACUGCUUUGCUUGGUAUGGCCUACCUUCUCAAUGCAUAGCGUUCAUUCGUAAUACAAUUAGCUGCUGAAGAGAAAAAGUUACUCUUUCUUGCUCAAUACUGUUACCUUGUAACUCAAUUUAGGCACAGGGCAAAUUCACCCCUGAACCACUAAUCGUCUACCAAGUGAACAAACUGACAUUAUUUUUCAAGAAAAAACAAUAGAUAUGCUAACUCAGUGCAGCUACGCUACCAAAAAAAAAAGAUGCAUUGCUGAAUGGUAAACCACAGCUUCACAAAGGCUCAACCAGAGCACCAUCCUUUUCUGAAGAACAUAACGAGACCGCACUGCAGUUCGAUAUGAAGAAAUUAUAGUUGUGCAUGCACCUGUUGUUCAGUAGCUCACCAACUGGUCCAUGUUACUUUCAACUGCUGUUCUCUGCCUAGUUUGCAGCAUUGCAAGGACAUUUCGAGUCUAGUUCUCCGGUUCGCUGGUCAGUCGCACCUCUAUUUACAAUGUUCAUUUGGAACAACUUGGUUUUGCACCUCCAUUUGCAAUGUUCAUUUGGAACAACUUGGUUUCAUACUAGUACAUUCUCAUCCGUGUUCUCUUGACAGGAUGCAAUCCAACGCAAACCUUCCCAGGAAAAAAAUAUGCAAGGAAUCUACAGGACCCCUUUAGGAACAGCAACAGCAAACCAUGCCAUAAAUAUUUAUACGCAUCUUACAUGCAUUGCAGCAAUGAUGAACUAUCGCGAUUGGUUCCAUGUUGCUGUAUACUUGUGCCAAGUGCAGUUAUCUCUAAUGAUGUUUUGUCCUUGUUGUUUUUAUCAUCCAGUUCAAGGCAUGGCGUCAUUGGGUUUGAGGUAUGACUGGACCUGGCCGUUGGGAUGCCCACCAUGGAUGAUUCAAUGGCUCCUCUCCAAUUUCCUUACUACUUUGCGAGGCUUUUGCCAGAUCCAAAUUUUUGUCUGCUUUGUACUCCAUCCGUCCCAAAAUAAGGUGAUAGACUGACAGUACUAAAUUAGCGACACUAAUUUCGAGAUGGAGGAAGCACGUAGUACAUGCAGGUUAGGCGUCGGCAGAUCGAUGGGGACUGCUAUGAGGAUCCUUGGCGUGCCUUGGCUAUAUCUUUGAACAAUUUUCUGUCGAAGAUUAUAUCGGACAAUUUUCUGAACUUAUGGACCAGUUGACAGCCUAUGAGCCUGAUCCUGAUAUGCCUCAUUAUAUGACUAGAUUUGUUUAGGAUACAAUGUUCGUACGAUUGUUGUUGUUCAAAGGCCCGCCGAUUCAGAUGCUGCAUAUCCUAUUGCUGUUGUGCACGAAGAGAUGGGGGAGUUUGAUGCUGACUUUUAUUCGCCCAAUCGUCGGUCCAGUGUUACUUCUAAGUCUUACUGUCAGAGCAAGCAAGCCAGCACUCGAAUUCCUGGAUAGCCAAAGAGAAAUGACAAUUUCAAGAGCAGCCCUGUUGGAGAUGACAAGCUGGCAACAUUGAAGGCUUACCGAAGAGCAAAGGGAUUUGCUUCAUCUGUGGCGAAGUGCAAUACUACUGUUCAGUUGCAUAUUGUCCAAGAAAUACUUGAAUUCUAUUCAGUUGACAAUGCUGAUUGUGAGGGCAGCAAUAUUGAACUUAGGUUUUGUCAGCAGAGGCGCAAACAACAAAUGGUGCCAUUCGCGUAGAUUGUCAGAUAGCUGAGCAUACAGUGGACUCUGGCAGUUCUCAUUCCUUGGUCAGUGCUCGCUUGGCAACACAACUAGUAGGACAAGAGCCACUACCUAAGAUGCAAAAGGUGAGAAAUCAUGGACGAAGCACGAUGAAAUGGUCAAGAUUGAGAUUAAAAAAAAGGAGGACCUUCAGGUACCAGGCUUGCACAUUUUGGAGUGUCAAGUAUGACAUUUUGCAAAGUGCUCAAUUUGAAUAUCCAACACUACCGGUGCAUCGGCAUCGUUCAUACAAAUCUAAUAAGCCCAAGAACGUCAAAAAUUGAGUUCGUAUGAAGGAAUGCCGGCAGAUUCACCAAAGGAGUCCAAAGCAAAAGACAAUCUUCGCGAGCGGGAAGUUGACAGCUUCAGUCCACACGAACCAACACGCCGAAGAAGCAUUGUAUCAGGGCACCACCGGUUUGGAAACAUCACCUCUCUUGCCGGCGAUCGAGAGAGAGAGAGAGGAAAAUCUGGCGUGGACCUGACCAUCGACGAAUAUCUGCAGUCGCAGCACCGCCGGCGCAAUGCUCCUGUAAAAGCUCCAAGGCUCCACAGGGACGCCGGAGCACGCCUCACCGCGGCAGCGAAGCUAGAGUAGAAAACGAACCACAAGGCAGCAGUCGCCGCCAUGCCUGCCUCGAUUGGAAAACCUGUUUCCAGAUCCACCGACGACUUCCGCACCCAAGCAGCAGGGAAGAGAUCCGGAGCACCUUUAUUCAGCGCCGCCGCCAUAACCGUCGAAACCAAAACAACAGACCACAAAAAACCUAGCCCUAACCUAUCCACACACCAUGAAUAAGAUGAGAAGGUUCCCCCAUCAUCCCGCUGCCGGAGUGGCUGACAGAGAGCGAUGGCACACGAGUCGCCUCCCUUUCGCCUGUCGUGAGAGCAAACAAAGAGAAGGGGAAGGAAGACGGUUCUCAUGUCGAAUCUUAGCCCAUCAAAUAUCUUUGAUUGCAAGCUUGUGCUAUGUGGGAUGAUGUUUCAGCCAAUAUUUAUUCAGCGAUUUUAUAGAUCUUGCUUCAAGAGGUGAGUGACUAGUGUGAUUUUUAAAGCCUGGUACGACAAAGUGUUUAAAGGUGACCCUUUUAUUUACCGUUGGUACAAAUUCAAAUGCUAUUUUUACUCCGACAGGCUGCAUACAAUUAAAGAAAGUAGAAGACCAGUAUGAUUUUAUUUUAAUUUUUUUGUAGUCGUUCUACGUCCAAUUGUCUUUGCAUUAUAAUUGUCUUUACAGUAAAUUCAUUUAAAAUAGUAAAAAAGCUUUUAUUUUUUAUUCUUUUGUGAUGCUAGAUGCUCACGUGCGUGAAGUCCAUGCCAAAUUUCAUGGAGUCUGGACAUUUCAGUAGCUCUCAGCAAAAACGAUAAAUUUUGGAGCUGUAAGAAAGUGUACUGUUCAUGUACUGCUUCGACUGAAUUUUUCUUUUUUGCGUGAGCUCCUCAGAUGCCCAAACAAAUUGAAAUUUGGCAUGGACAUCACGUAUUGAAACAUCUUCCAUCUAAGAAAUUUCAGAAUUUUAUAAAUUUGUUUAGUAUUUUUUUUGAGUUUAUUUACUCUUCGCCCGGUGCAGAUGAGCCUGGGCACCGAAUUGAAUAUCCGUAUUGAAGCCCAAUUUACUCUUCCCCGCUAAAAAAAAGCCCAGUGACCCAGUCUACUCUAUAUCUAUAUUCAGGCUCAUAAUCCGAACCAACCCAGUUUACCUUACUAGUAUUUCUCAAAAAAAAAAAACAGUUUACCUUACUGCUCCUCGAUCCCUCAUCCCCGAGAUAAUUACACGAUAGUACCACAUUUGGGGCGGUGGUGGCGAAUUGGUACCAUUUUUGGAAAUUUUUACGUGUCAGUACCACGUUUGGGUCUAACCGUUGCAAAUCGAGCUAAUCUUCGUAUUUCUACAUAUUGACGCUGGAACUGACCGCCCGGGCCCGCGCGUCAGCUGCCACGCUGGCGAAUCGGCACCCCCCCGCUCGCUCGAUACGUGCGGUCCGGCUCGAACCGGACCGGCCCGUGCUCUGUCUCUCCCUCCUCGCUCGUGCCUUCCUCCUCGCUCCUCUCUCGCCGCCCUCGUCGCCGCCCGCCAUGGUUUUCGAAGACGAAAGCAGUGAGGAGACGUCCAGCCUGCCGUACAUGCACUCGACCUCAUCCACGGACGGGCUUAACCAGGUCCCUUUCAGCGUUGAAGAUCCAGAUUACCAGGGGCUUGAGCUGGAAACGAUGUCUCCAUGUGAGAAGCACGGGAAGGCAUCUGAGAGGCUUGUCGCAUUUGAAGGAACAGACACAGGGAGAAGGUUCUUAGCAUGUGCAGAGCCGGAAGGGCAGAAUUGUGGGUUUGUUGAAUGGGUUGAUCACCAGUGGCCCCCAACAAUGCAAAAUGCAUUGUUGAAGCUGUGGGCAAUGGUUGAAGAUAGCAGGAGUGCUAGGGUGAAUGAUAAUCUUGAAAGUUCUUUCACUAUCCACCAUCUGACAGAAGAGAAGAACAAGUUGGAGGCCAACUAUGACAAGCUAGUCCAAGAUGUGCAUGAGCUUAUGAGCUUCCAGGAGGAGAGAGUGGUGGAUUUCAGACAUCUGCAGUCUGCCAUUACAUAUCAGCAUGAAUGCAGAAGUGAACUAGUGGCUGAUAUGAAGGCACAGAUGGCAAAGAGAGAUGCAGAGUCUGAGAAGCUUAAGCAGAAUUAUGAAGUGCUACUGAACCUGACAAGAGCUCAAGCUACAGUCAUCCAGAACCUGAAGUUGAAGCAUAUUACAGACAAGCAAUUGCUUAGUGAAGCUAAGAUGAACUUGGAGUUGAAGAAUGCAGAGCUCACAAAGUCUGAGGAGAAGCUCACCCAAGAUAAGCUAGAGUUGAAGUUUCAGGUUUUAGAUUUGCUUAAGGGAAAGGAAAAGCAUGGUGAAGAGAUGGUGCAGCUAGAGCUUCAGUUUGCUGAGCUGAUGAAGGCAGAGGAGAAGCUGAAGGAGAAGAUCAAGGGGAUCCAGGCCAUCUUAGAGAAGUGAAGAAAAUGAAUAUGAGCUAGUGGGCAAUGCUGACCUUUUGGGCAUGAUGGUUGUGUAGUGUAUGGCUCUACUA